AUGUCCGGCAAGGUGGUCAAGGUUGAGCGUGCCCUGUAUGGCCUAACGCAGAGUGGCCGUGAGUGGGGGUUUGAAGCUGCCGAUGCCCUCAUCGAGAAUGGAUUCGAACAGUGCAGGGUUGACCCGUGUGUCUUCCGGAAGGUGGUGGAUGGAGAGGUCGUAGGUCUCAUCGUGAUCUACGUUGAUGACAUCUUAGUGGCGGCAGACGAGGGAGACCGAGAGGAGUUGUUCGCUUCCCUCAACAAGAAGUUUCCGGUGAAAGAUCUGGGGGAGUGUACCUGGUACGACGGGUGUGCUAUCGCCAUGGAUGUAGAAAAUUGCAUCACCAAGCUGUCCCAGACAGCAUACAUUGAGAGUAUGCUGACGCGGUUUGAUGUGACCACGACCGCUUUCACCCCUGCUGCCACCGAUGCCGACCUAGAGCCGAAAGGAGAUGACGAGCCCGANUGGCCGGUUGACCCGUGUGUCUUCCGGAAGGUGGUGGAUGGAGAGGUCGUAGGUCUCAUCGUGAUCUACGUUGAUUACAUCUUAGUGGCGGCAGACGAGGGAGAGCGAGAGGAGUUGUUUGCUUCCCUCAACAAGGAGUUUCCGGUGAAAGAUCUGGGGGAGUGUACCUGCUUAGCGAGGAGCAAGCACGUCGACGUGCGGUUUCAUUUCAUUCGCGAGCUAUUCAAGUCGGGCAAGAUCACUGCAGAGUAUGUUCCGACUGGAGAGCAGCACGCCGACAUGCUGACCAAGGUCCUUGGCAGAGAGAAGUUAGAGUACCACCGGAAGCCUCUGAUGAACCUACCGAUGUAG